AUGGCGAGGAAGAAGAUCAGAGAGUAUGAUUCCAAGAGGUUGCUGAAAGAGCAUUUCAAAAGGCUUUCUGGGUCUGAAUUGGAAAUCAAAUCUGCCCAAGUUACCGAGUCGAGUGAUUUCAAUGAACUAGUAGAUAAAGAACCAUGGCUCUCAUCGACAAAACUAGUUGUCAAACCCGAUAUGUUAUUCGGCAAACGUGGGAAAAGUGGUCUUGUUGCCUUAAACCUCGAUUUGGCUCAAGUUGCCGGUUUUGUGAAAGAGCGACUAGGCAAGGAGGUUGAGAUGGGAGGCUGCAAAGGUCCCAUUACAACAUUCAUUGUCGAACCAUUUGUUCCUCAUAAUGAAGAGUUCUACCUCAAUAUUGUCUCUGAGAGGCUCGGUUGUAGCAUCAGCUUUUCAGAAUGUGGAGGAAUUGAAAUUGAAGAGAACUGGGACAAGGUUAAGACUAUCUUUUUGCCAACUGGUGUAUCUUUUACAUCAGAGCUAUGUGCUCCUCUUGUGGCAACCCUUCCCAUGGAGGUCAAAGGUGUGAUUGAGGAGUUCAUCAAAGUAAUCUAUGCUUUAUUUUUAGAUUUGGACUUCACUUUCCUUGAGAUGAAUCCUUUCACCUUGGUUGAGGGAAAGCCUUAUCCUUUGGAUAUGAGAGGCGAGCUUGAUGAUACUGCUGCAUUUAAGAACUUCAAAAAAUGGGGAAGUAUCGAAUUUCCAAUGCCGUUUGGAAGAGUUAUGAGUUCCACUGAAAGCUUUAUUCAUGGGCUGGACGAGAAGACGAGUGCAUCUCUGAAAUUCACAGUCUUGAACCCAAAAGGACGAAUUUGGACUAUGGUCGCUGGAGGAGGUGCAAGCGUCAUCUACGCAGAUACUGUUGGAGACCUUGGCUAUGCUUCUGAGCUCGGGAACUAUGCAGAAUACAGUGGUGCUCCCAAUGAAGAGGAGGUCUUGCAAUAUGCCCGAGUUGUGAUCGAUUGUGCAACUGCAGAUCCCGAUGGCAGAAAGAGAGCCCUCGUAAUAGGUGGUGGAAUUGCCAACUUCACUGAUGUUGCUGCUACAUUCAAUGGAAUUAUCCGAGCUUUAAAGGAGAAGGAGUCGAAGCUUAAGGCUGCCAGAAUGAAUUUAUACGUCCGAAGAGGUGGACCAAAUUACCAAAAGGGACUUGCCAAAAUGAGGACUCUUGGUGAAGAAAUCGGCAUUCCCAUCGAGGUAUAUGGACCUGAGGAAACCAUGACUGGCAUAUGCAAACAGGCGAUUGAGUGCAUCACUGCAGCUGCAUGA